CCCAUAGACAAGGGACCAGCACCUGCCGCCCGCCGAAUAUUGCAAUACAUUUGCAGCCUGCUGACUAUGGCCGACUGCCUGAACGGCGGCAAGGCCGGUAGCUUCACAAACCUCGACGGCACAGACCAGAAGAUGAUGUCGGCUCCUGCGCAGACGAGGAGCCGUGGCGCCAGCGUAUGCUGGUUCCUUUACCUCAGCCUGCUAACCUGUGUCGCCGUUAUCGCCUUCAUCCUGGGCUGCUACAGCGUCGAUAAGGUGCGGAACCCCGACUACCCCGAGUCCGCCCUGACUGCGAACCUGGGCACUGUUCCGGAGGGCUACUCCGUCUUCUCGCUGGGCACCGGCCUGGGCUACUGGAGCCAGGCCACGCCAAUGAACCACUCCCGCAGCGACCACGGCGUCCUGGCUGUGGGCAAGUACGCUUACCUCAUCGGCGGCCUGAGCGACGAGGGCCCGAACGGCACCGCCAGCGUGCUGGACUCGCUGAUGCGCUACGACACCGAGACCGGCGCGAUGCUGGAGAUGGCCACCAUGUUGGCGCCCAGGUACCGUUUCGCCUACGCUGUGCUGGACAACUUCAUCUACGUCAUGGGCGGCACCGACAGCGCCUCCUCGGACGCGGGGCCGCUGGACACCGUCAUGGUCUACAACAUCAGCGGCGACUCCUGGAGCUUCGGCGACAAGCUGUCGCGCCCGCGCAUCGACCCUUGCGGCGCCGCGGUGGCGGGCAAGGUGUACGUGUUUGGCGGCUACAACGAGUCGUUCGGCUCCCUGGCCACUGUGGAGGAGCUAGACCCCGCCACCGCCACCGCCACCUCGCCGGCGGUGUGGGCGCCGCUGCCCGCCACCGGCAACCUGGCCGUGUCGCGUGGCGACUGCCGCGCCGUGGCGGUUGACAAGACCAUCUACGCGGUGGGCGGCACUGAGUACUACAUCAACCCCAACAAGAGCUGUGACGGCGACCUGUGGGUCAACUGCUACCGCUUCCUGCGCUCCGUCGAGGCCUUUGACCCCGUGUCCAAGACCUGGAGCCCCCGCGCCGACAUGAUCAACCCGCGCGGCGACUUCGGCAUUGAGGCGCUGCCCGGCGGCCGCAUCGUGGUGGCGGGCGGCGAGCGCGGCAACGGCGUGGUGAACCAGCAGGCCAUGUACGAGGUGGAGGAGUACGUGGCCGCCGACAACAUCUGGAUCAGCAAGGCGCCGCUGCCCGAGGCGCGCUUCAGGGACGACCUGGCGUAUGUGAACGGCCGCGUGUACGCCUUCGGCGGCGCGCCCACCUGCGGCCAGACGCCCAGCGACGACUGCGCCAAGGUGGCACUGCGCACCGUGUUCGCCUACUUUGACGUGCAGUACCCGCGCCUGUACGCCGCCUACAAGCCCGCCAACGUGUCGGCGCCGCGCGCCGUCACCAGCCGCCGCAUGAUGCGCCGCUGAGCUGCGGGGCCGCUGAGCUCUAGGCGGAGAGCGGCUGAGAGCAUGAGAGCCGCGGCUUGGAGGUGUCUGCGAGGGCCGCGGUGGCGCCAGGCGGAGCGGAGCAGUGGCGCUGAUGAGAGGGCUGCGGGAGCAGGAGCUGGCGCGCCGGGUGGUGGCUGGUGCGGCCACGUGCCAGGCGAGUCGGCAGCUGCUGGUCCCCUGGUCAUUCCUUAAAUUAAUCGUUAGUUAUAGGCCGCUGGAUGUGCAUGCCCGUUAAAUCUGCGGGGAAUCCUGGCCAGGGGUACUUGGUGAGAGGCUGGGCGUGACCUGCGUGUGCUGUCCAUUUGGGUGGCGCCAUGCGCCGUCUUAUGAUUUUAAGGUUGCUUUAACUAGCGCUGUAAGCAGCGCGGAUCGUGAUCGCCUGGGGCCCGUUUGUGUGUACUUGUGUGGGCGCCGCAUGCCUACAAGCACACAGAUGGGCCUCAGAUCUUCGGCACUGUCGCACAUGCCAUGCUAUGCCGGGUGUUGAACAUUGGGUUACAGAUAGGACGUCAAGUGAAUGAAUGCCGAUGCUAUACAAUCGUAACGGCACCGUCAAGCCACGCCUAUCUUAACCAACCCAUGGCGUUGUCUGCGCCAUGGAUGCACUACGAGAAGGAUGUGGUGCGGUCGCGGGACUGCGCUCAACUCUGGAUACUAGGGAACGUCUGGUUACUACUGAAGAACUGUUUGCAAGGUGGGGUGCUUUGGCCGGCAGGCGGGCGGACGUGUGUGCCGCAAAAGCCCAAGUCAGAGCGCGGAACGGCAUUGUUGCUAUCACGGAGGUGGGAUGUGCGGCGGGCUGGCUGGCUGUAGUGCUAAACACAUGGGCGGUGAUGAUGGAGCAUUCGUUAGUCAUGUUUCUGACCACAGGCCACGGCCUGCAAAUCGCAUAAAAACCGACAACACGUCAAUCAACACCGGCUGCACGCUGCCGCUUUUAUCGCUUGUUUACACAUUCAGUGGUAGGUAUUCCUUUACGUCAUAGCCCAUAUUGAAAGGUCCGGUGAUUUUGCGGUUUCAAACGCUGCGCGGGUAUGUCUUCUCGCACGCUGUGUCUUGGUGGUGUGAUGCAUUUACUUGUGCGAGCGGAGGCAGUGUGGCGGAGAAACAGAGACGGGGCGUGUGGUGUGGUGGGGCCCGGUGUUACCGGAGGGAUGCCCGUGGCGGCGGCUCCGUGGUAGCGGGGGGCACUGCGUGGGAGAUAGAGCGAAGACGGGGGGAGGGCGGAACGAGUGGCGUGGGUGUUGGUGUGAGUGCUGGGCACUUCACGCUGUCAUGGACGGGUGGGAGGAUGGAACCUGUAGCUUGGGCUCACACGAAGCAGGGUAUGGGAUCUGCGAGCACGGCGAUGUGUGUAGGUGUGUGCGUUUGAUACCCACACGGACGUGUCUGUACGGCGUUUACCUUCUGGUGGGAGGAUCUCGAAGGGAUGUGAGAUUGCUGUUAAGGCGCCUUAGUUCCGAAGCAUGCUCAGUGUAAUGUGUUGCCGAC